CUCUCCUGCAUCAUCUCCUAACUAAAUUUGGCGCACUUGACAGUCUACCGCAAAGCCCGGCCAAAAAAAUACAUUAAAAAAAUAAAAUAUUAACAAGCUGUACAGCCCAGAAAAUGCGUAGAGAAGCAGCGAAUGUUAAUUUUCUGAAACCUUGAAAACUAUUGGCAAUGAUCAGGAUCCAUCUAAUCCGCGUCCGUACAGAAGAUUGCUUGCCCCUUAAACAGAUCGGUGCACCUUCAUUUAAACCUGCGCAGUGAUUUUGCUCGUCUUUAAAUUUCAGUGAUAAAGUGUUGAAUUAAAUGAAAUUUUCUUUUGGCCUGAAAUUGCAUCGGUGGAAGCAACUAUUAAUGAGGCCUGUAGCGUGGAUCUAGACAACGAUGAGCAAAUGUAGGACGAAGUAAGGCUUAUGUUUUUGACUGUGUAACAAUGGCUGCUGCAAAUGGCAUCGCUGAAAAUAGAAUUCAAAUGCAAAACAAUGAGACUCAAUGCAGGCAGUGGGUUUUUGACGAGAGAGAUAAUUUUAUUUCAUGGCUAAGAGGCGAAUUCGCUGCGGCCAAUGCAAUUAUCGACGCUUUGUGUCAGCAUUUGCGGAUCGUGGGCGACUCAGCAGAAUAUGACCAUGUACUCUGUUCUAUCCAGCAAAGGCGCUGCAAUUGGGCGGCUCUUUUGCAUAUGCAACAAUAUUUCUCUGUUGCUGAGGUCUUAAAUGCGUUACAGCAAGUUAGUUGGAGGAAACAGCAAAGCAAUGCGGAUCAUGCUCAAAUUAAGGAUAGGAAUGUGAAAUUGAGGGCCGAAUCUGCAAAGAAGGUAGGGCACAAGGCAUCAUUUGCUCAGAAUGGAGGAUUUCUAAGUAGAACGCCUCAUGCAGAAAAUGCAGCUGAAAAUAAGAAUGCAAACUCUGCAAUGCAGUGGCGAGAAGGUGCAGCAGGAUCAAGCUCUGCAUUGCACCCUGGUGAAGGAAUUCACAACUUGCGAGGAUUUGAUAAAAUGAGCUCCUCUGUCAAGGCUAAAGAACAGGAGAACAGUCAAUGCCAAGUGCAUUCCAGGUCGGGAAGUAGUGGAUCAAAUGCCGGAGAGAAGCAUCAAGGUCCUUACAAUGAGAUAAAAAAGUGUGAUUUUCGGAUCAGUUCAAAACAAGAAGAUCAGCGGCGUUCUAUAAUUACAGUCUCUAAAAAUUUUAUUGGCAAUGAACUGGUUGAUGGAAAGAUGAUCAACAUUGUUGAAGGCUUAGAGUUAUACGAAAACAUCUUUGAUAGUUCAGAGAUUUCGGGCCUUACUUCUUACGUACAAGAACUUAAGCUUGCAGGUCGAAAGAAGCAGCUUCGAGGUCAGACGUUUGUGGUUUCCAAAAGACCCGCGAGAGGCCACGGAAGAGAAAUGAUUCAGUUUGGUGUUCCUAUUAUGAAUGCACCUUUAGAAGGGGAAGUCGCAACUGGAACUCUGAAAGACUUAGUGGAGCCCAUUCCAACAGUUAUGGAAGAUGUCAUCAAUCGUUUAUUUCAAUGGCAACUAAUUCGCGAGAGAAGGCCAGAUUCUUGCAUUAUCAAUUUCUUUAAUGAGGGUGAUCACUCACAGCCGCACAUUUGCCCAUCUUAUUUUGAGCGCCCAUUCUGUAUUUUGACAUUGUUAUCAGAAUGCAGCAUGGUGUUUGGACGUUCAAUAGCAAUGAACCAUCCUGGUGAUUAUAAAGGACCUCUCAAAGUUUCUCUGCAUGCAGGGUCACUAAUGGUUUUGCAAGGAAAUAGUGCAGAUUUAGCAAGGUAUGCAAUCUGUUCUUCUCCACUGCCGAGGGCAACUAUUACCUUUGUUAAAGUGAAACCGAAGAAGGCUGCUACUUUUUCGACCAAACCCAUGAGUAUAUCACUCUCAUUACCCCAAUCAAAUUCAAAUUCACCACAACCAGUGGACCAACGAUCAAGUACAAGUGCUCUUGUCACAGUGCCUAGGGAAGGAAGAGGAGUGAAUCAAACUGCUCUGAAGAAUUUUAACAUGCCUUCCAUCCAUACAUCUGGAGUACUGCCUGUGCCUUCCAUCCAUGCAUCUCAAGUUAAUCCAUGCCUUCCAGCUCCAAGAAUUCAGCCUUUGUUUGCAGGCCCAACUGGACCAGUUGGUGGUUAUCCAUCUAUGGCCGUUGUUCCUACUGCCUGGAUGGCAGUUCCUAGGCACCCACCAAGGAUGGCUACUUCCGGAACAGGAGUAUUUUUUCCAGGCAGUGGUUCAGGAAGCGAUCCUUGCCAGUGUGUAACCUUGCCUCAGGAACAGCAAGUACUUGGUCUUUCCUCUGGGCUACCUAGAAGUGAACCUUCCUCUAAUGGUGCUACUUCUACGGAGCCUUCAGUUGCUUCCAACCAAACCAAACCAGCUAGCAUUUGACAAUUUCAACAGAUAUACAGAGAAAUCGAGUGCAUUGUAACAACCUUUGUCUGGUAAAUUUGACCCAACAGUUCCCAAGAGUGCUUUGAGUAAAAUUACUGUUACAAAGCUCCAAAAAUUAAUUAUAAAGGAAUCCGAAUUCUUAAGGGUAAUCAGUUGAAUAGGACUUCUAGUCUGUCAAAGAUAGCUGCAAACAGAGUAAACACAAAGGGUGUUGCAGGGAGAAGCAGUUAGAUCACAGUCAGGUCACAUGAUGGCCUCAUUCUAAUUGAACUCUGAAUUGAGCUGUAUCUAUUGAGAUCUUUUUCCUUAUUUAGAAGAUGAAUUGCUAAAUUCUUCUUUGUGAGAUAGCUUUUUGGUAAAGAGAAGCUGGAUUCAUCUUCGGGAAAAAGAUUAAGCUAUAGUAAAAUGAAGACAAUAGUCAUUGAGGCAGUGAAAGUCCUGCUUGUAUCCUCAAUUCUUUGAAAUUCUUAGUUGAAACUAUCUAUGGCAAAAUUUGACGAAAACAACAAUAAUCAUUUGUUUACUCUUUCCUUUCUAACUAAUUGAACAUAAUCAAUUCCACUUGGAAACUUUGGAUGCACCGAUUUCUUGCAGGUAGAAAUCUAGAGGUUCAUCAUACGGUUCAUUCUUAAGUCAAUAACUAGCAUUUUGCUAGCUGUAACUCUCUAUCUUGGACAUUCCUAAUUAUCAUAUUUGCAUUAUUGUCCUUGUCUAGAAUCAGGAGAUUGUUUUUAAGUUCAAUAAAUAAAGGAGAUAAUUAUCAUA